UUGAAAGCGAUAAUUCGGUGGGAAAGAGAGAAAAAUAUAAAAAUCAGUCCAAAUGACGGGUCCUCGGUUCGUAGUGUGUCGUCACGGUGCGCGUGAAGUCUGAUGAGUGCGCGAAUAGUUUGUUUGUUUGUUUGUUUGUUUAUUUUUUUAUUUCUCUUGGUUUGUUCGUUCAACUGAAAGUGCGUGCCCCCCUUGGAUUUAAUAUUUAAAAGAACGACGGCAAGAUGCUGAGGCCGCGGCGAUAUUUGGAUUACCCAGCAGCUGCCGUCGUCGUACUCGUUUCACUGCUCAUCCUCGUCGUUGACCUUCCGAUCGUUCACGGAUUCAUCUCUUGUUCACCAAGCCCCUGUAAAAACGAGGGGAUCUGUGUGUCACCGUUUCGGGGCGAGUCCUUCUGCAACUGCACAUCGAAAUACGUGGGUGAAUACUGCCAACAUCUGAAUCCCUGUCACAAAGGUCCGCGCUGUCAAAACGGUGGCUCGUGCCGAGUCCGCGAGGGUAUCGACGGCGGUACUCCUUCCUUCGUUUGCUCGUGUCCCGUGGGAUUCAGCGCUAGCCUGUGUGAGAUACCGCUCGAAAACGCUUGCGAUUCGUUGCCCUGUUUCAACGGAGCAACCUGCGUCCUCAAAUCGCUGUGGGACUAUUCCUGCACUUGUGCAUCGGGUUAUACGGGUGAACAUUGCGAGAGCGUCGAUCAUUGCGCAUCGUCACCGUGCAGAAACGGCGCGGAGUGCAAUUCGCUCGACGACGGUUAUCGGUGCACAUGCGCUUCGGGAUUCACGGGAUCGAAUUGCGCCGAGGAUAUCGACGAAUGCGAACACGAUCCCUGCAAGUAUGGAAGCUGCAAAAAUACCCAUGGCUCUUACAAAUGCAUGUGCACGACGGGAUAUACUGGACAGAAUUGCGAGAACGAAUACAUCCCCUGUGAUCCGUCGCCGUGUGAGAACGGUGGCUCGUGCCGGCAGAUCAGCCAGUCGGACUACCAAUGCACCUGUCCCGAGGGAUUCCGAGGCGAACACUGCGAAGAAAACAUCGAUGAUUGCCCCGGGAAUCUCUGCCAGAAUGGCGCAACCUGCAUGGACCGCGUCAACGAGUACUCGUGCCUCUGUCCACCGGCGUUUACCGGCGCCCAGUGCGAAUUCGACGUUGACGAGUGCUCGGUCCGGCCAUCGCUGUGUCACAACGGCGCGACAUGCACCAAUUCGCACGGCAGUUAUUCUUGCAUUUGCGUAAACGGCUGGACCGGACCGGAUUGCAGCAUCAACAUCGACGAUUGCGCAGGUGCUGCCUGCUUCAACGGCGCUACUUGCAUCGAUCGCGUUGGCAGUUUUUACUGCCGGUGCACUUACGGAAAAACUGGUCUUCUCUGUCAUCUCGACGACGCGUGCACCUCGAACCCCUGUCAUCAGGGCGCCAUUUGUGACACGAGCCCCAUCAAUGGAUCCUUCACCUGCUCCUGCGCGAGUGGCUACAAAGGACUCAACUGCUCCGAGGAUAUCAACGAGUGCGAGCAAGGUUCGCCGUGCGAGCACGACGGCAUUUGCGUCAACACCCCCGGCUCGUUCGCCUGCAACUGCACUCAGGGCUUCACCGGACCGAGGUGCGAGACCAACGUCAACGAGUGCGAAUCUCAUCCGUGCCAAAAUGGGGGCUCCUGUCUCGACGAUCCUGGAACUUUUCGAUGUGUCUGCAUGCCUGGGUUCAUGGGUACUCAGUGCGAGAUCGACAUAGACGAAUGCGCCGCGAAUCCCUGUUUGAACAACGGUGUCUGCACCGAUCUGAUAAACUCGUUCAGAUGCACGUGCGCGGACGGUUUCGGUGGAUCGCACUGUCAAAUAAACAUCGACGAUUGCGCCUCGUUGCCCUGUCGUAACGGGGGUACGUGUCAGGACUCAAUAGCCAAAUACACGUGCGAGUGUCCGCCAGGAUUCACGGGUGCGUCAUGCGAGACGAAUAUAAACGAUUGUCAGUCGAGUCCUUGUCACAGCGGGUCAUGCAUCGACGGAGAGAACUCCUUCACUUGCAACUGUUGGCCAGGAUUCACAGGGCGUUUGUGCCAGACACAGAUCGACGAGUGCGAGAGCAAUCCGUGUCAAUACGGCGGCAGAUGCGAGGAUCUCAUCGACGGUUAUCAGUGCAUUUGCAGGCCGGGCACUUCCGGCACGAACUGCGAGGUCAACGUCAACGAGUGUUACAGCAAUCCCUGUCGGAACGGGGCGACGUGCAUCGACGGAAUCAACAGCAAUCGGAUGCCCGGUCUAGGAUGGUACUCUUGCGAGUGCGAAUCAGGAUUCACAGGGCAGCAUUGCGAGACGGACAUAAACGAAUGCGCGAGCAAUCCUUGCGCGAACGGCGGGCGUUGCAUCGACGUGAUAAACGGCUUCAGAUGCGAGUGUCCACGAGGAUAUUACGACGCGAGGUGCUUGAGCGACGUGGACGAAUGUUCGAGCAAUCCAUGCUCGCACGGCGGCACGUGCGAGGACGGUGUGAAUCAAUUUAUUUGCCAUUGUUUGCCGGGCUACGGGGGCAAGAGAUGCGAGGCUGAUAUCGACGAAUGCGGUUCGAAUCCUUGUCAACACGGCGGCAUUUGCAACGACCAUCUCAACGAUUACAGCUGCCAGUGUCUAGCCGGUUACACCGGCACGAACUGCGAAACGAACAUCGACGACUGCGCCAAUAAUCCUUGCCAGAACAGCGGAUCCUGCAUCGAUCUCGUAAACGACUACAAAUGCGUUUGCGAACUGCCCCACACCGGCAGAAACUGCGAGGACAAAUUGGAUCCCUGCUCACCCAACAAAUGCCUUCACAGUGCCAAAUGCUCGCCCUCCUCAAACUUCCUCGAUUUUGCUUGUACCUGCACCGUUGGCUAUACCGGACGUCUGUGCGACGAGGACGUCGACGAAUGCGUCAUGACAUCGCCCUGCAGAAACGGAGCUACUUGCCGCAAUACGAACGGCUCCUACCAGUGCGUUUGUGCCAAAGGAUACGAGGGACGUGACUGUAUCAUCAAUACCGACGACUGUGCUUCUUUCCCAUGCCAAAACGGUGGAACCUGUUUGGACGGAAUCGGUGAUUACACGUGUUUGUGCGUGGACGGUUUCAGCGGUAAACAUUGCGAGGUUGACGUGGACGAGUGUCUCUCAUCACCCUGUCAGAACGGUGCGAUAUGCAAGGAAUACGUAAAUUCUUACACGUGUCAAUGUCAAUUGGGAUUCUCGGGCAUAAACUGUCAAACGAACGACGAGGAUUGUACGGACAGCAGUUGUAUGAACGGUGGAAAAUGUAUCGACGGUAUAAACAACUACACGUGUCUCUGCCAGCCAGCGUACACAGGCUCAAACUGUCAAUAUCGAAUAAACGAGUGCGACAGUUCGCCCUGUUGGAACGGAGCUACUUGUCACGACGAUAUAAACCAUCAUUACACCUGUCACUGUCCUUACGGUUACAAGGGACAGGUUUGCGACACGUACAUCGAUUGGUGUGCCGACAUGCCCUGCGAAAACGGAGCGACCUGUGUGCAACGCAGGAACAAAUAUCAUUGCAACUGUGCACCCGGCUGGACAGGAAAAGUGUGCGACGUCGAGAUGGUCUCUUGCAAGGACGCUGCGUUACGUAAAAACGUGCCUGAAAAGAAUCUCUGCAACAAUGGAACUUGCGAGGAUAUUGGUAACAGUCACAGGUGUCAUUGUAUCGAGGGUUACACCGGUUCGUACUGCCAAGAAGAGAUAAACGAGUGUGAUUCAGCACCCUGUCAAAACGGCGCGACCUGCAGAGAUCUCGUUGGUUCUUAUCAGUGCCAAUGCACCGAAGGUUUCCAGGGACAAAAUUGUGAGCUCAACGUCGACGAUUGUCAACCGAAUCCCUGCCAAAACGGCGGCACUUGUCACGAUCUCGUAAAUAACUUCAGUUGUUCGUGUCCUCCGGGUGCACUGGGAAUAAUUUGCGACAUGAACGUAAACGAUUGCGUCGUUGGGGCUUGCCACAACAACGGCACUUGCACCGAUCGCGUUGGCGGCUUCGAGUGUCGUUGUCCCGCGGGUUUCGUUGGUCCGCGUUGCGAGGGCGACAUCAACGAGUGUCUGUCCAAUCCUUGCGCCUCACCCGGAACACAAGACUGCGUACAACUCGUCAACAACUAUCACUGCAACUGCAAACCCGGAUACAUGGGACGCCACUGCGAGGUCAAAGUCAACUUUUGCGACAGCUCACCCUGCCAAAACGGCGGCGUUUGCACCGCUAAACAAGCCGGCCACACUUGCCUUUGCCCGACGGAUUACCACGGACACAACUGCGAAUUCGCUGGAUCACUCUGCGACGCUGAGCCUUGCUUGAACGGCGGUUCGUGCAGAGUCGCCGAUACCGAAAUUGGCUAUCGGUGCUACUGUCAACCCGGCGUCACGGGAACCCACUGCGAAAUCGACGCCAAAGACGAAUGCGCCAGCAAUCCUUGUCAACAGUCCGAUGCAAUGUGCGAAAAUUUAAUCGGCGACUACGCUUGUUACUGCCCUCCAAAGUGGACAGGCAAGAACUGCGAAAUUUACGAUCCGAACUAUCGAGGCGGUGUCUUUGGACGUUUGAACUCUAUGAUACCAAAGACCAUGAACGCUUUUGAUCUCGAUCUCGAGCGCGAAAAGAAAAAAUGCGUAGAAAAUCGUUGUCAAGAAAAAUCUGGCAACCAUCAUUGCGACGAAGAGUGCAACAAAUACGCCUGCAAUUUCGACGGGAACGAUUGCUCGCUCGGCAUCAACCCGUGGAGAAACUGCACCGCUCCUAUCAACUGUUGGGACGUAUUCAUGAACGACGUUUGCGACGAGGUUUGCAACAAUGCGCAGUGCCUCUUCGACGGACGGGAUUGCGAGAAAAAGCUCGCUCCCUGCAACCCCAUUUAUGACGCUUAUUGCAGAAAACACUAUGCCAACGGGCACUGCGACUACGGCUGCAACAACGAGGAGUGUAACUGGGACGGCCUCGAUUGCGAGGACGAGAAACCCUCUUUAGCGGAAGGUGUUAUUUCCGUGGUGGUUCGCAUGGACAUGCAAAGUUUCCGCUCCAACAUCAUCGCCUUCCUCCGCGACAUUGGUCACCAGUUGAGAACAACGCUCCGCGUGAAGGAAGACGAGCUUGGCAACCCGAUGAUUUAUCCAUGGAAACGGGACCGUGAUCAGGGAAUGCAAACCAAUUUCUUCGGCAGACCGACAACCAUUUACAGCGAAGGUCAAAGCGGCGUCAAAGCUUAUCUCGAAAUUGACAACAGAAAAUGUACCGUCACCCAAGGCGCAGUAUGUUUCCCAUCGGCGAACGAAGCCGCCGAAUUCCUCGCGGCAACCGCCUCGAAACACUCGUUAUCCAGGAAUUUCCCUAUCGAGCAAGUACGCGGUGAAGUCGGACCGCAGGAUCCCGAUUAUCCGGAUUCACCGACCAACUACAAGUACGUUUUCAUCGGCGUGGUCAUUGUCGUACUCGGGGGUAUGCUCGUCGGCGUUCUCGUUACUGCUCAGAGAAAGCGGGCUGUCGGAGUUACCUGGUUCCCCGAUGGUUUCCUACGGACGAACACGAGCAGCGGCCCGCGGCGGAGAUCUCGUAGACGGGGACCGGAUGGACAAGAGAUGAGGAAUUUGAAUAAUCAGCCUUCGGUUAACUGCAUGGAUAUCGACGUAGUUAAUGGUCGUGGACAACAGUGGUCGGAUGACGAAUCGGAUUUGCCACCAUCGAAACGCAUGCGAGCUAUUGAGCCUGGAUAUGCGAGCGACCACACAGCGAUCACCGAUUACGAGGAAACGGAGCCGCGAAUGUGGACGCAGCAGCACCUCGAUGCGGCUGAAAUUCGCAACAGACCGGAUGCCGGAGUCCUGACACCGCCGAGCUUGGAGCACGGUCAGGACGUCGAUGUACGAGGACCUUGCGGAAUGACGCCGCUCAUGGUUGCGGCAGUUAGAGGCGGGGGAUUGGACACCGGUGAAGAGGAGGACGAGAGCGACGGAACCGCCGCGGUUAUUGCCGACCUCGUGGCUCAAGGCGCCGAUUUGAACGCGACUACGGACAAAAGCGGUGAAACUUCGUUACAUCUAGCAGCGAGAUACGCUCGGGCUGAUGCCGCAAAACGUUUGCUCGACGCGGGAGCAGACGCCAACUCACAGGACAACACCGGAAGAACGCCUCUCCAUUCGGCAGUAGCUGCCGACGCCAUGGGAGUCUUCCAGAUAUUGCUGAGAAACCGCGCAACCAACCUCAACGCGAGAAUGCAUGACGGCACGACACCGUUGACCCUCGCAGCAAGAUUAGCUACCGAAGGUAUGGUCGAAGAAUUAAUAAACGCCGAUGCCGAUAUCAACGCCGCUGAUAACAGCGGGAAAACAGCGCUCCACUGGGCUGCUGCUGUAAACAACGUUGAUGCUGUCAACAUUCUCCUCGUACACGGCGCGAAUCGCGACGCCCAAGACGACAAAGACGAAACGCCCCUGUUCCUCGCUGCUCGCGAGGGUAGCUUCGAAGCUUGCAAAGCUUUGUUGGAUACAUUUGCCAAUCGAGAGAUCACCGACCAUAUGGAUCGAUUGCCGAGGGACGUUGCCAGCGAAAGGCUGCAUCACGACAUCGUCAGAUUACUGGAUGAACAUGUACCGAGGUCGCCACAGAUUCCGGUCAUGCCGAACGGUUCUCUCAUGGGAUCGCCGAAUCAUCAAAACCUGAUAACGCAUCCAACGGUGAUAGGCUCAGCGCCGAAACAGCCGAAAGGGAAGAAGCGCUCGAAAGCCGGCGGAGCAAUAAAUCCAAACAGUCCGGAAUCGGAGGGAGUGGUGGCAGCAACGGUGAGGCGAAAAUCUUCGGUGAAGAAGCAACAGCCGAUAAAACGCGGUGCUCAGCCCCCAAACCAGGAGAUCCCUCAGGGAGCGGAGGGAGCCGAGGGAAAUCUUCCGAGCCCGUUCGACAGCGCGAGUCUGUACAGCAACGCGCUCCCACUCGUAGGUCACACGACAACAACAACGGCGAAGCAACCACCGCCGUACGAGGAUUGUAUAAAGGGUCAAACGAUGCAGGGGCUUCAACAAUUGGGUCUGGAUACGUUUACGACGAACACGUACGGUUUGCCGAAUUUUCAUGACCAGUUGCUCGCUCCCCAUCAGCGACAGACCCAAGGAAUGGUGAACACCUUGUCACCGCCUUACAGCAAUCAAUCACCGCCCCAUUCGGUGCAAUCGAACAUGACGUUAUCGCCACAAGCGAGUUACAUGGGCUCGCCAUCGCCGGCCAAGAGUAGACCGUCGUUGCCAACAUCGCCGACUCACAUAGCCGCGAUGAGGCAAGCGACGCAUCAAAAACACGGCGGGAUGCCACCCGUCGGUUUUGACUUCGAUAAUCUUCCCUAUUCCACCAAUCAACAACAGCAACAAAUGCAACAGACUCAACAACAGAUACAGCAACAGCAACAACAGCAGCAACAACAACAACAGCAGCAGCAGCAGCAGCAGCAACAACAGCAACAACAACAACAACAACAGCAACAGCAGCAACAACAACAACAAAACUCCCAACAACAACAAACCCAACAGUACUAUCAGUACUUGACGCCCCCCUCGCAUCAUUCCGGCCCGGAUGUUACGCCACAGCAUCUCAUGCAAGCACCCGAGAGCUUUCCCACCCCCUCGCCCGACAGCCCCGGCCACUGGUCCUCGAGUUCCCCCCACUCUAACAGCGAUUGGUCCGAAUGCGUAGCCUCGCCGAACGCCUACGCUCCCGGCGGACCGCACCAAGGUACCAAAGGCUCCGAAGCUAUCUACAUAUGAGCAACGUUUAUCUCGCCUCGCGCAAAUGAGUGAUGAAUUUUUAAACAAAAUAGAAAAUAUAUAUAGAUUUUCAUAUAUAAAUAUAUAUAUAUAUAUACUGCACGAGGGUAUAUAUUUAUACAGAUAUAC